UGCAAGUUAAUUUUCAUAGACCUGACUUCUUCGCAGACCUAAAUUAUGGAUUUCAAUUUGAGCUGUAUGCCUGCUAACAUUUUAACCAGCUCAUACGAUCAGCAUCACAAUCGUUUGAAUAUUAAUGCGCCACCGGUUAUACGGAAAGCCAGGAAAAUGCGGACGCCGAAAGCACCCACUGCAAAGAAUGCCAGAAUUGCCCAGUCGACACCCGUCAUGGACCGCGAUAAACGCUCAUCCCAAUUGAAAGCCUACAGUUAUGUCGCAUCUCCGCAGCCGGCACAGGUAGCGCGCCGAAACGAACGGGAACGCAAUCGGGUUAAGCAAGUCAAUAUGGGAUUCGCCAAACUGCGUCAGUACGUUCCGACCGGCAACGGAAAUAAAAAACUCAGCAAAGUGGAAACACUGCGCUCCGCCGUGGAGUAUAUUCGUGGUAUGGAGAGAUUAUUAGGCGAACAAUCGCUUAAUGGAUUUGUCAAAAUCAAGAAUGAGAAGGAUGCCGUUCAUGUGCCGGAAGACAGCCGAUCGAUGACAGCAGAGAAUGAAGCAUUCACGGCAGCAACAAGUGCUGUGCUAUGCUGUAUGAACAAUUGCUCCUCUACCAGUUGCAUCACGACGGACAGCGGCCAUCUGUUGGAUCAAGCUGCCUCUUCAUCGGUAACUGCUCAUUCCGAUUUCGAUUUUUUGAAGAUUGAAGAGAAUAGUGAUGAAUUUUCUUGGUACAUUCCGCAGUGA